UUUGAAUUAUAUCUAAUCUCGUGCAACGCGCGGUUGAACUUCAUGUCCACCGUUACUUCUAGACGCUGUUUUAUAUACAUCAAAGGCGGUGGCAAUGGCAACUGCUCUUUAAUUUACAUCGACGCUUUUCAAGUUUCGAAAUUCAAAUCCAAAGGAAGUAUAACCAUUUCGUUUGUUUGUUUGUGUCCUUGGAGGGGAGGAGCGAAAAAGUGAAGAAUGACGACGGCGUCGUUUAGCGGGUCUAACGGAGCGGCUAAGACGGUUUUGGUAACUGGAGUGAGCAAAGGGCUGGGGAGAGCCUUAGCCCUCGAGCUUUCCAAGAGAGGCCACACGGUUAUCGGGUGCUCCCGCGCCCAGGAAAAACUCAACUCCCUCCAAUCGGAGCUCGCCGCCCCCGACCGUCACCUUCUCCUCAAUGUCGACGUGAGGUCGAAUAGCAGCGUCGAGGAGCUAGCUCGGUUAGUAAUGGAAAAGAAGGUUGUUCCAGACAUAAUCGUAAAUAAUGCAGGUACAAUCAAUAAAAACAACAGAAUUUGGGAGGUACCAGCAGAAGAGUUUGAUACUGUGAUUGAUACAAAUGUUAAAGGGGUUGCAAAUGUGAUGCGUCACUUUAUCCCUUUGAUGAUUCCAAAAAGGCAAGGGAUUAUUGUUAAUAUGUCUUCUGGAUGGGGAAGAUCUGGUGCUGCCCUGGUUGCACCAUACUGUGCAUCAAAGUGGGCUAUUGAGGGUUUAAGUAAAGCGGUGGCAAAGGAAAUGCCUGAUGGCUUUGCUGUUGUAGCACUUAGUCCAGGUGUGAUAAAUACUGAGAUGCUUCAAUCUUGCUUUGGAAGUUCAGCCUCAGGAUAUCAGACACCUGAAGCAUGGUCUUUUAAGGCAGCUACAAUGAUCCUCAAUCUUACAGCAGCAGACAAUGGUGCAUCCCUGACUGUCUGAUGAAAACACACAACAAACACUUUAGAUUCGUUUCAUCUCGUGGUUAUGAUAAGCCUUUGAACAAUCAAGUCUGAAAUUUCCUUGCUAUGUCUGUGAAGAAAUUAGAUCAUUAUAUAGCUCCACUUCUCCAAACACAUUUUUCCAUUAGGUAAAUAUCAAUAUCUUACAUUGAAGGUGAUGAAGUUUGUUUACUAACAAAUUGUAUGAGUUUUUUUGUUAGCCGAAAUUGUAAGAGUUUAUGUAAGGAACAAGGCAGUAAUUUGGAUCGGCUUGCUGCUGGGAAUCAUCUACCCAACUAUUUUGCUGGUACAUUAAAAAUUGAUGUGCAUCCAACCUUGAACUUUUUAAGCUUUGAACUCUGUUACUCAAGGAUUCGAUAAUUGUACGAUACAUAUUUAUGGCAUAUGGUGAACACUGAACACUGCUAUUUUACUGAAUCUUGUUGGUUCA